AAUAAUAAUAAUAAUAUGGGUUUCCCGUUUGGGGUGGAAAACAGUUGCUGUCGUCGUAAACAAAAGCGCGUUACAGCGAGCCAGAAAACCGAUGAAGAAGAAGAAGAAGCAGCAGCAGGAGGAGACGAGAAGAGACUCUUUUUGAGAGAUUUUUCUGAGAUCUCCAAAUUCUCGCCUCGCCUCGCCUCCUUCCCAUUCCAAUCCAAUUCCCUAUGUCUCCUCAUCCCUUCCCUUUUACGGCGGCUCUGCGCCCCACCGCCACCGCCAUUCCCGCCUAAGUACCGUUUUCCAAUGCGUUGGUGGCAAACUCCUUUCACCUCCUCUUCGUCUUCGUCCCCGUCUUCGUCCAGGCAACAUUCGGACGACGGUGGUCUCCACAAGUUCUUCUCCUUCACCGCCCGCCGAUCCUCCCGCCCCCGACGCCUCACCCGCUCCAGGCAGUUCCGCCGCCUCGGCGACCGCGACGUCGUCGUCGGCGGCUUCCCUCCAUCCUUUUGGCUUUCCCCUACCAGCCACGUGGAUUCUCCUUCACGCUCCCCUUCGAUUCCGCAGCCGCUGCCUUUGCCCGAGUUGGCCUUGCUGCUCCGCCGUGAUGCCGCCGGUGCGGCCUCCGGCAAUGUUCCGUUACCUUCGCCUAAAGAGUUCGUGGUCAAAAGUGGAGAGGAGAGAGGAAGGACCGACGGGUUGACCGGAGAUCAGAACGGAAAUGGCGGCACGCCCGGUUCAGGGUUGGGAAGUACGUUUGCUUACCAUGACUUAUGGAAAAAUAAGGAGCAAGCUGAAACUCCGAGAUCCAGUAAGGCCCCUCAAGAAUUAAAUGGCAUCAAAAGGUUUCGAGAGAAGUAUAGCAUCAAUGUACCUCUUAGUUCUCCAACCAGUCCUUACUCAAGUCCUGCAUUUAGCUGUCGAAGAAAAUCUGGGGAUGUCUUGACAUCUCACCAUACGGCCCCUCAAACAUUUGAAAUGUGGUCUGCACCAGAGAUGGCUCCUUACGAUACAAAUCUAGGUCUAGGCUUUUCCUAUCAGCUAUCCCCCAAGAAAACUGCUUUUAGUGUUGGUAGUUCACCUCUACAUAGCCCAAGACUAAGUCCUUCCCGCGGAACUAAAAGCCCUAAUGGACCCUCAUCCCCAACGGCUAAGAGGCCAUCCAUUGAGAUCCCAGUGGCAUGGCGUGACAGUAACCACAAUACUCAGGGCAAUGGCCACCCCUUGCCUCUUCCCCCCGGAUUCAACAUACCUGUUCAUCCAACUUCCGCUCCUCAAGUUACAGCUAAACCAGAUUUAAUGCCAAAAAAAUCUCAAUGGCAGAAAGGAAAGCUUAUUGGCCGUGGUACAUUUGGAAGUGUAUAUGUUGCCACCAACAGAGAAACUGGAGCUUUAUGCGCUAUGAAAGAAGUUGAAUUACUUCCUGAUGAUCCAAAAUCUGCAGAGAGUAUAAAGCAAUUAGAGCAGGAAAUUAAAGUUCUCAGCCACCUGAAGCAUCCAAACAUUGUUCAAUAUUAUGGCAGUGAAAUUAUUGAAGAUCGGUUUUACAUAUAUUUGGAAUAUGUUCAUCCUGGUUCAAUCAACAAGUAUGUCCGUGAACAUUGUGGAGCAAUUACAGAAUCUGUUGUCCGCAACUUUACUCGCCAUAUUCUCUCUGGCUUGUCUUACUUGCAUAACACUAAGACCAUACAUAGGGAUAUUAAAGGUGCCAAUUUGCUUGUUGAUGCAAAUGGGGUUGUGAAGCUUGCGGACUUUGGGAUGGCUAAACAUCUUGCUGGACCAGCAUCUACCCUUUCCUUAAAGGGUAGUCCUUACUGGAUGGCUCCUGAGCUCUUACAGUCUGUGAUGCAGAAGGAUGCUAGUCCUGAUCUUGCCCUUGCUGUUGAUAUUUGGAGUUUAGGUUGUACUAUUAUUGAAAUGCUCAAUGGGAAACCUCCGUGGAGUGAGUAUGAAGGGGCUGCAGCCAUGUUCAAGGUUUUGAGAGAGACCCCACCUAUACCUGAAAUGUUGUCAGCUGAGGGCAAGGAUUUUUUACGACGUUGUUUCUGUAGAAAUCCCGCACAGAGGCCGACAGCUAACAAGUUACUAGAACAUCCAUUUCUGAAGAACUCGCAACAUCUGGAUGUUCCAAGUUGCAUUCAGUCACUUAAUGGGAUGAAAUUGACGGAUAAAGCAGAGUCCCUGAAAGAGCGUUCUUUUCGAACACUUGAGCAUCUGGUUGUAUCUCCGCGUUCACUGAAACUUGAACAUUCAGGUCUCAGAUUUGAGCCCUUGCUGAUGUCCCCGGAUGCACAGAACGGUGGCAGGAAACAAGCCAACAAUGAGACUGGCCAACGAUCUUUCCGCAAAGCUUCAGAGCUAAUAAUGAUCACCCGGCGCCAUUCUCCUCGUUCUACUCUCGAGGCCCUUCCUAGUUUAUCUCCUCCCCGCUCGGGCGAAAGCCCGCAUCAUCCCAGCCCUUGUGCGAAUAUGCCCUGCAGUCCAGGUCGGGCAUAUAGAAGGUGAAGAAAAAGAACUAAAUUAAAGAUGGGUUAGUAUCACCAGUGCGGUGGUUCUGCAUUGAGAGGGGUAGGUUAUUUCGGUCACAUCUUUGAGUGUUGACAUCUAACGGAAGUAGAAGGCAUACUAUAUAUCUGUGUCCUGGAACAUUUCCUUGGAGCGGGGAUCUCUGUAGGAGCAGGUUUUGUACACUAUAUUUCCUGCGUAGAGUUCCAGCCAUUAUUGCUAUUGGCUAUUGCAAAGUUUGAUGUAACAUGCAAUUGCAAUAACAAAGCUCUUCCUGCGGCAUGCUUGUGCGAUUCAAGUUCCUUUCAAAUUACUUUGUGUAGAUAAUCAGAAUAUUCAGAGUUCUUAACGGAGUAGCCUAUCUGUUACAGUUAUUUUGAGAUCUCCGGUUUUCAACAGGGGCAAUGGAGUCUUUUCAGUGCUUCAGACAACACCAUUGGACCCUUUCUCUCGUUGGACUUAAUAGCAUUAUUAUCCUUGAAAUCAUAAUAAUAAUAAUAACAAUAAAUUACUAAAGAAAGAAGAAAGAAUAAAGAAUAAAGAGAGUAACAAUUAACAAAUUAAAUAACGGAAAGUGGAAUGGCCGUUCUGACGCUGUCGUCUUCCUGAGCCCAAAGUUUCACGUGUCUCCCUCUCUGUCCCCCAUUAUCAUUCUUCUUCCUCCGUCCACUUAAUUUCUGCCCCACCAAGCACACACGCAGAGAGAGAGAGAGAGAGAGAGAGAGAGAUGGAGCCGCCUCCUGCGCAAGCCAUAGACACUUCCAGUCGGAGUAGUGUUUACCAGACGCAGGAAGAUCCCCAGGACAAAAUCGUCGACCAAUGUUCAGGUUUUUCGUGAGAAUUUUCGUUAACGUCUCAAGUGCUUCGGUGAUGGGUGGUGUUGUGUUGCAGUUGCUCUUGCUGCUUUGUCUGCACGGACAGCUGUUUUGAGUAUUUGUGUUGCUACUAGCAGGACACUGAUCAAUCUCCUGUUGUUAUUAGAGAAUCAGUAGUAUUAAUUUCUGAGUCAUAUUGGCUCAGAAACUAGCCAGUAGGAGUUUGGACUAUGCGAUGAGCUGCUUUGAACUCUCAAAUUCAUUUUAAAUGGGACCAACUAUUAUAUGAAAUUAUGAAUAAUCUACUGCUCUUCUUCAUAAACUUUCUA